UAAGGCAACAGCUGACGCGAUCAGCUGACAUCAGAAACGUCAAACGCAUAUGUACACUGCAGAAUUGAUUUAUAAUAGAGAAGGAGGAUUUAAAAAGUAUCUGUGGAACUUUUUGAAGUGGCAUUUUAGAAUUUGUCUUGUCUUGAGAAAAGCAGGACAGAAAAGUAUAAAAUAGUGUUGCAUUUUUAUAAGGUUAGAUAAAGAAUACAUAAAAUCGUGUCAUAAGUAAACAUUGCCUUUUCGGAUUGAAUUUAAUCGCAUUGGCGAAAAUGAAUCACGUGGAGAUCGAGGAUUUCUAUCACCACGAUUUCACCACUGUUUCCGAAUGGGAGGUGUUUAUCGCGCGGCUUGAGGAGAUCAUGCACGAAUGGAAGCUGUCCCACGCAAAAAUCGCGAGUCCCCUCAAAUCGGGGGACUUUCUCAAUUGUCAAUGGCACGAGACUUCGGAGAAAAUAAAUUUCGCAGAUGUAGAAUUUUUGCUGAAACAUUAUAAGUUAAAGAAGGAAGAUGAAGAGGAGGAUGUGACAAAUCCUCAGGAGGAGAGUGAAGAAGAAUGGAUACAAUGUCAAAAAGAUGCAUUGGACAUAUCCAACGAUUUUGUGAGACUCAAUGAUAAUUGCAUGGAAAUAGUUCGCUAUUAUGGUGUUCGAGAAUUCCUCGUUUUAAUACCAGCUCGAAAAGCAAGUUUAACAGAUGAGACACGGAUAAAAAUUCUCCUCAGUUCAUUAACAAUUGCAACUAACAAUGCAAAUUGCUACAUUCCUGCAUUGGUGCAGGUACAAGAACUUUGGCAGAAAAUGUAUCUUGGAUGCUGUGCUGGUAAAGGAACUUGUGUGAAUCUCGAUAUGGUACAUUUAAAAAAGGUUCCGCCACAUUGCAAAUACCUCACUGGUUUACUUGCUCUUUUCAAGCAGAAGAUAGGAGAAGGUUGUGGGGUAAAACUUGAUUCCAUAAUGGUGUCAGUUAGGUUUUCCUACUUGUUGAAGGAUUGGACUAAUAGUACAUGGACGCAGGAACCUCCAGAUUUCGAUUUUAUGCAAGGGGAAACGUUAGGCGUUGCUGAAUUGGGUAAACUUCCCUUCGGAGCGACCUUUGAUCCUGUUGGAGAACUCAAUCUAUUCACCACGUGGCCAGAAAUGUCGGAUAAUGUAGUUGUGGAUAGCGAAGGAUAUUCGGAUCUCGAGCCGCAACUCGCUCCCGAGUGGUCGGUGCAAGUAAAAAUGGUAACUUUACCGGCUUGUCUACUCGGCGAGUAUAUGUCGGACUUUCUGCAUUUGUGCAACAACGAGAAAACUAUGGUGGAGUUGCUAGGCGAGAACGCAUCUUACAUCUACGAUGAUCAGAUGCUGAGUUCGGCUUUUAACGUGCUCACCGAAUCUAGAAUACCCACGAUUUCGACGGUCGUGGGCAGGACGAACAUGAAGAAGAAUAAAAAUGUCGAGGGUCCAAUCUCGGAGGAGAUAUUAUUACCUAUACUUUACUUCCUCUUCCCGGACGCGGACGAUACCUCGAAGUUUCCUUACAACGACAUCACUACAUACAAUGUGGAGGACGAUCAGUGGAAAGGCGUGAAGACUUGCACAAUGGACAGCUUAGUAUGGCGUUUGUCGGUGGUCGCGGCGCAUUGCACGCACAAUCUUGGCGGCGCGACCGCACUGGCUCAGCUUUGGCACGAAUUCGUGCAGGAGAUCCGAUUCCGCUGGGAGAGAAGCAUCCUGAUUCCGGGAGUCGGGCCUGGCUUUCCAGAUUCCGUUCGCACGUGCUUGUUACAUCAAAAGUUGCAGAUGAUGAACUGCUGCAUAGCACGGAAGAAAGCAAGGGAGGAGAAUGCGCAUAGAUCUCUGAGCAUGGAGAUUGACGAUGUAGAGGAGACAGAAUCCGAGGAAGAGGAAUUCUUUGAAUGUUCGAGCGAAGAGCUGGCAAACGAAGAGAUUUCGUCAACGAGGAUGCAAUUGAAGGCGAAGCACUUGCUGUGGAACAAGCCCACGGGAAGAUUGGCUAAACAUCCUUCACUCAGGUUGAUUCAAACUGGAGACCCUCUUUAUCUACCAGUCACGCAGGAUCCCGUACCGAAGACGGAAGAUCAACUGGAGGAGGAUGCACAGGUGAUGAUGCAACUCGGUACUGACAAGUAUGCUUCCGAAAUGCGAGCUCGAAUGAUGAGCGCAUCCUUGCUGUCUGACAUGGAAUCCUUCAAGGCGGCAAAUCCUGGCGCAGUAUUGGAGGACUUUAUUCGAUGGUAUUCCCCGAGGGAUUGGAUUGACGAAGAGGGCGUCGACGAAUGGGGACAAGGGAAAGGCCACUUGUCGGCGCGUAUGAUGAUCCCCGAUAAUCCGUGGUCGACGACCUGGGCAUCGGCGCAGCCAGUUCCCGCGCACCGGCAAAAGCGAUUGUUCGACGACACGCGAGAAGCAGAGAAGGCUCUGCAUUAUCUGUGCUCGAAGCGAAUAUGCCAGGUUGCGCAGCUUUUGCUACCGUGUCUGACGCACGCCGCGCUCCACACUCUGAGCUCGCAAAAGCAAGAAGCUCUUCCGAGUUUGCCUGAUGUAGCGCAGAGCAUACUUAAUAAGCUCCAAUUUGCGACGAAACCAAUUCAUCAGAAACUACAAUUGUACGAGGAAAUCACGCGCGACGUCGAGAGUGUGGAGGCGCUAGUCGCACAGGUGAAUUCGCUGCAGCACAAAUUAGGCGGGAAAGACUCUAAAGAAUUUACAUCCUUCUUAAUUCAACUGAUGCGAGGAAAGGAAGUGAGCGUACCCGGUGGUUCCAGGGGAGACAUCGGAGCCCGAAUAACGACAAUGUUCCGCGACGCUCAGAAGGCCGCUCACAUGAUGACAUCCCUCAGCAAUACCAACGACGCAACGAAUGCCGCAAGAGACGGCCGGCAUAAAACGUUUCCCGAGCCGUCGUGCAAGGAGUUUAUUUUACGGGCGAUAAUGCCACGGCCUUCGCCAGCCUCCACGCCGCAACCGCAGCGACUUUACGCCUGUCUUAAACGAGAUCACAUUCGUUUGGCCGGAUUCUUCUCCGAAGAUUCGACAUUUCUGUAAUGUCGGCAAGAAUUCGCCGUUGUGGUAUUUAUUCAAUUGUUCGCAAUGUCAUGUCUGGGGCGACUAGAAGUGAUAACGAAUCAUGCAUCACUUUAUUUCUUCAAUAUAUCAGAUGGCUUUCGAUUUCAUUUCCGUCGAAGAAACAAGCACAAGAAAUUGUGUGCAUAUGACGUGCGAUAUUUUGUUAGUCAUACGGAUUGUUAUUAGUUCGUUCCUACGCAUAUUGUGAAUAGAUAUUUUUUAUGAAAAAUAUUUAUCUAGAUUUAGGAAUUAAAUAUGAAAUUAUAAUUUUCUCACUGAAGGUUGUAUAUACAAAACAUACCGUAUUUAGUUAUGUUAUGGAAUGGACGGUGGAUCCAACAAAAAUAUCCUCUUCUCUAGUUUAGGCGGUGCGGACAGAAAGUCCCGCACAAUGUGAUCGAUCUCCUCCAGUGCUAACUGAGCGUGAAGCCGUAAUACGGGAUCGUCGUCAUUGUCACGCAAAUGCUUCAAUCCGCGAUACAAGUCAAGUAGAUCGCUACCGAGACUGUUCAACGUGUCCCUGCCGAGGCCGCGAAAUAGAAGCGUAGCUACCAGCACAGCGGCACGUCGACAUUCGGGCGUUUUGUCCGAUUUUAUUAUGCACGCGAUGCAAUAAAGAAUCUAAAGGCGUUAAAAUCAAGUUUGCAGAAAGUCCGAUACUCUGUUUUCGGAACUUUUCAUAUAUACAUACCUCGACAAGAAGAUUUCCUAAUCGAAAGUUCAACACCUUGCAAAGUUCUCCCAAGCAAGAGAGACUGGAGGCUCGUACUAAGGGAUCUGUGUCACGCGUUGCACACAAAAAGCCAUUUACUAGUGCAUUCUUAUGAACUACGCUCAUUUCACCUGUAAAAUAUCACGUUUUAAUUGUCUAAUUUUUGCUCGAAACUUAUGGCAGAAAUUGUUAAUUGCACUCUAUUUUAUCGUGUCCUGCAUUUCCGUUUAAAUAACGAAUAUAUAUAUUAAAUAAUUUGUUAACGUGAUAUAUUUUAUA